GGUAUGUGGAGGCGCCACAGUCAGCUCUCUCACUCUCUGUGGGUCUCUCAUCCUGUCUGCUGAAGUGUUGGUGUGGCUGCUGUGAGACACUGAAACCAUGGCAUCUACUGGAACUUUCCGAAUGGUCUCGGAGGAAGAGCAGGCCAUGAGGUCAAAGCUUGAGCAUCUGACGGUCAAAGAUCAUGGACCGGUGUUUGGACCGUGCCAUAAACUCCCUGGCCAUACCAUUCAAAAGGCAAAAGAUGAGCUAAACGAGACAGAAGAGAGUCGGGUGUCAUCGCUGAAGGACCUGAGGACCACGAUGAAAGACAGAGCAGCGGAGGGGGACGAGCUUGCCAAAUUGGUGCAGGAGUGUUUUGGCGACAAACCAGACUCUCUGCUGCUGCGGUUCCUCAGAGCUCGCAAGUUCAAUGUUGUGAGAGCCCACGAGCUCCUGAAAGGUUACGUGCGCUUCAGGAAGGACUACCCUGAACUGUUUGAGAACCUGACCCCUGAGGCGGUCCGCAGCACCAUUGAGGCGGGAUACCCUGUGGUUCUCCCCAGCAGGGAUAAAUAUGGCCGUGUGGUCCUGCUCUUCAACAUUGAAAACUGGGACUUGGAGGAGAUAACUUUUGAUGAGGUGUUGAGGGCAUACUGUGUGAUCCUGGAGAAGCUGCUGGAAAACGAAGAGACUCAGAUCAACGGCUUUGUCCUUAUUGAAAAUUUCAAAGGCUUUACCAUGCAGCAUGCCUCCGGAAUAAAGACAACGGAGCUCAAGAAGAUGGUGGACAUGCUGCAGGACUCUUUUCCCGCACGCUUCAAGGCUGUACACGUCAUUCACCAGCCCUGGUACUUCACCACCACGUACAACGUAGUCAAACCAUUCAUGAAGGCCAAGCUGCUGGAGAGGGUGUAUGUUCACGGUGAGGAGCUUGAAAGCUACUUAAAGGAGUUUGAUGCAAACAUCCUGCCAUCAGAUUUUGAAGGGAAAGCCCCAGUGGCUGACUGCCAAGCCAUCGCCUCCAAGGUUUUUGGCUCUGAAGACACUGCACUCUGAAAAAAAACAAACAGCUUUUUUUGAGACAUUUAGAGAUAAACAAAAAUAUGUGGGCCAAUUAUAUAGACUUUUGUUGAUGCACAGGAUAGUUUCCAGCUGUGUCAUGGGAUGCAUAGGUUUAGUGAUAGUUGUUAAUUCAAAGAACCAGUGUGAGAAAAGAAGAAGAAUGUAGAAGAUGACAACCACACUGACUGGUUUGAGGAUUUUUGCCUUAAAGGGUAGCCUUACAUUGAACACAUUGCACCAGCAGAUUGUAAAAUGUUGAACAGAAGAAGACGGAUAUGUGGAUGAACUUGCAUCAGGAGAGGAUGCUUCCUGGGGCUCUGCCUUGGACAUAUGUCUUAAAGAUCUGCAAAUGUUUUGUGUACCUUUUUUUCAUAUUAGAUUAGUGUGCAACAUUCAAUAAAAUACUUUUUAAGUUA